AUGGAGUACAUGCGCUACGAGGACAAGGUCAGCAGCGCGCAGAUGGGGGACAUGUCCUUCGAGGUGGGUGCCACGGGGCACCACGUCUACUGGGAGGACCUCACUGCGCCCGUCGGGCAGUCCAGGCAGGGGGGGCCCAGCGCGGGCUCGCAGAGUGCCCGCAGCAGCCGAUCGAGCGACUCCGACCUCGAGACAGGGGACGCAUGGGGGAAGAGGCGCGUCAGGGUGCCCAACAUUUUCGUCCAGAGUCCCUUCGCCGAGAGGUGCCUGCAGACGUACGCAGGCGUGCCCGACAAGCACUGGCCCCGGAACGCCGACGUGCAGUGGCGCGUGCUGGCCUUGUCGCGCGGGCUCGGGCUGCCGAUGCCCCGGCCCUACAGGGCGCCCUACAUUCCGGGCAUCACGGUGCUCAUCCCGCACUACGGGGAGACCAUCCUGAUGCAGAAGAAGGAUCUGUUCAGGAAUGCCAAGAGCGACAACGUGCCGCUAGUCGACUGGCUCGCGCACAGGUACCGGGAGGAGUUCGAGUUCUUCACGACGCGGAUGCAGGCCAGGCAGGCGCACGGCGAGGCGUGGGCCGUGGUCGGCUCCGAGUGGGAGAAGUACACCGACUACCAGUGGGGCAAGGUGAGCAGCUGGGCGGCCAUGAGGCAGCAGACCCUCUUCCGCACCGUCGCGGGCAUGUGCUACUACCACCCGGCGAUCCAGGCCCACUUCGAGCUCCAGGGGGACAGGAGCAGCUCCCUCGCCGCCGUGUGGGACCCCAGCGACGUCUUCACGUGCCUGGUCUCCAUGCAGAUGUACAAGUUCUUCGACGAGACGAUGCUGGAGCACACCAACUACAUGUUCGAGAAGUUCCCCAAGUGCCUCAAGGUUGCCUACAUCGACUGCGAGGCCAAAGGCACCGCGGGGAGCGCAGACGGAGUGCACGAGAGGCAGAAGCGGCGCUACUACAGCUGUCUUAUCGACAAAACCUGCCCCCUGGAGGGCGCGAAGAGGAAACCGAAGUUUCGGAUCGAGCUGCCAGGAUACCCUAUCCUCGGAGACGGCAAGGGUGACAACCAAAAUCACGCCAUUCCGUUUAUGCGCGGCCACUAUUCGCAGGGAAUCGAUGCCAAUCAGGGCGCCUACUUUGAGCAGAUGAUGUUACUGCCAUGCGCACUCGGGGAGUUUCGCUCCCGCAAGCGCGGAGACGGGAGCGGAAAGAAGAUCAUAGGUUUCCCUGAACACAUAACCAGCGACAUAGGCUCGGUGGGCGAUUUUGCAGCUUCGGCCGAGGUGGCUUUCGGUACCAUCCUUCAGCGCACCUAUACUGUCCUAGGCGCCAGAAUGCAUUACGGACACCCCGACAUCAUGAACAAGCUUUACAUGAUGCAGCAGGGAGGCGUGUCCAAAGCAACGAAGACGCUGAACCUUUCGGAGGACAUAUUCGCAGGCAUGGACUUUACCCUGCGUGGUGACGGGCGCCAGAUCAAGCACUGUGAGUACCUCAACUUUGCCAAGGGGAGGGACUUGGGCUUCAACACGGUACUGGGCUUCUUCUCCAAGCUGUCUUCGGGCACGGGCGAGCAGCUCCUGACGCGGCAGACGUUCCGGCUUGGGCAGGUAUUGCACCUGCCAGAGGCGCUCACGUUCUUCUACGCACACGCAGGGUAUUACCUCAACCAGUUCAUCGUCUCCUGGUCCAUGCCCCUGCUGGUCUGGAUCUGGCUGCUGGUUCUCCUUGCUGACUGCGAGGGCAAAUUUGACGCCUUCACGAUGUGCGAGGCUGACCAAAAGUCUGCCGCGUCCGUGAUAGCGGCCGCGCUGGCGAAGUGCUACUCGUGGCUCAUGCUGUUGUUCCUGUUCGCGACCUCCUUCCCGCUGUUCGCCGAGCUGUGGAUGCAGAGGAGCUUAAGAACCGCUGUGUGGAAGACGGCGCAGAGCUACCUCACGCUGUCGCCCUUCCUCUUCAUCUUCCAGUCGAAGUGCAUCGGCCACUACAUUGUGAACGAGUUCCGGUACGGCGGCGCCACAUAUGUCGCUACGGGGCGCGGGCUUCCCACGGAGCGGCGACCCUUCGUUGGGGAGAUGAAGGACAGGUCGGAGGGCUUCCUCAAGAUGAAGACGGUGGGCGGCCUGUACCUCGACUACGCCGCCAUCGCGUACUACGACGGCGCGAUGUUGCUGGUGGGUCUCGCAUUCGUCGUCGCCGCGGGAGGCAUCCCGAGCGAAGGCCUCUCCGCGCUUGCCUGGGCCUUCGUCUCUUGCGCCUUGGUGCUCAUCUCGUGGCUUUACGGCCCUUUCAUCUUCAACCCGUACCAGUUUGAGUUCAGGCAUUUCCAGGAGGACGCAAGGGCGUUGUGCGCAUUCUUCCUUGAGAACAACGGUAACAACUGGCUCGAUUGGUACAGCAGGACGCAGCUGAAAGCCGGCCACGGGCUCCAGAAGACACUCCUGGACAUCACCUUCUUCGGCUUCGUGUUUGCCGUGGCCGCCUGGUACGUGACCGUCACGGUCAAGGUUGAGCUCCUGGCCUCUCUCUUCUCCGAGUACGAUGGCUACGCGAAGCUGUACCUGUCUCUGCUCCUCCCCCCGGUCUUCGCCUCCUUCGCCCUCUGCCUGUGCGUGGUGGCUCUGGAGACGCUCGGCGGCUGCUCCAGCAGCGUGCGCCGCUCCGUCGAGGCCCGCGUGCAGGGCUGGCAGAGGAGGCGGCGGGGCGCUGCUGCGGGCGGCGAGAAGUCCCCGGAGACCCCGGAGCCCAGCAGGAGAGGGCGGAGGACUUUGCGGCCGCCGCGCCGGCCCCGAGGCGGCAGCGCUCGGGCCCAGUGA